CUCGAGACUCUUGGAGACAAGUGAAGUGAGAAAGGGGGAAGUGGAGUUCUCAGACCGGAGGAAGGAAAGAAACAGAAGAGGAGGAACGAAAAAGAGCUCAGAAAGAGACAAAACCAGGGGAGGGAGGUGGAUUACGUGGUUUAGUUGACAGCGAAGUUUAAAAAAAGACAAGAAAGAAAGUGCAGAAGAAAGGAAAGCAAAAUGAUAACGCCGUAUUUCCUGGAAAAUUUCUGGGGUGACAGAAAUAAUGGGUUUGAUGUUCUGUACCAUAAUAUGAAACAUGGCCAGAUAUCCAGCAAGGAACUUGCAGACUUCAUUAGAGAAAGGGCUACGAUUGAGGAGACAUACUCCAGAGCAAUCACCAAACUGGCCAAGACUGCUAGCAACUUCUCUCAGUUGGGGACAUUUGCUCCAGUAUGGGAUGUAUUUAAGGUGUCAACAGAAAAGCUGGCUGUCUGCCAUAUGGAGCUUGUGCGCAAAUUGCAAGACCUCAUCAAGGAGGUGCAGAAAUAUGCAGAGGAACAGACCAAAGCCCAUAAGAAGACUAAGGAGGAAGUGGCACCCACGCUGGAGGCUGUACAAAACAUCCAGAGUGUGUCCCAGGCAUUACAAAAAAGUAAAGAAAACUACAACAGCAAGAUUCUGGAGCAGGAACGUAUGCGCAAAGAGGGUUCAACUCAGAGAGACCUUGAUAAGGCUGGGGUGAAGGUUAAGAAAGCCCGAGAAGCAUACAAGACCUUUGUGGAGAAAUACGCCAGCACAAAGACUGAAUUUGAGCAAAAAAUGGAAGAGACAGCACAGAAGUUUCAGGACAUUGAAGAAAGCCAUAUUGUGCAAAUGAAGGACAUUAUACGGUCAUAUUCUCACUUGAUCGAGGAUACACACAAACAGAUUGGAGAGGUGCAGAAAGAGUUUGUGAUUAACAUGGAAAACACGUCUGUGGAAAGUCUAUUACAGAAACUCGCCGAGAGCAAAGGGACCGGCAAAGAAAGGCCAGGACCCAUUGACUUUGAGGAAUGCACUGUUUCUCUUACUACAGAAGGUGCGAAACCUAGAAAGAGGAAGACCUUUGCAAUUCCAGGAAGAAGAAAAGAGAAGGAUACAGAUUCCACUGAAUCUACAGAAGUUGAAACUACUAACACUGCCAAUGGAGCUCCCUCCGAUAACUAUGGACCUAUAGAUUUUCAAAAUGCUAAUGUGCCUCAGGUGGAUGAAGAGGGUUAUUGUAUCAGACCGGAAUUCAAUGAAAAUGAUACCAAAGACAACAACUCAUCAUCCAGUGAUUCAGAUGAAGAAGAUGAGCGCAGAAAAUUUCAUGUGGAAAUUAAACCUAUGCAGCCCAACAGUGGCACACAGCAGCACAAAGCCACCAUCGACGAGCUGAAGGCUUCUAUUGGAAACAUAACCCUUUCCCCCUCUGCUCCGGUCCACAUGAGGAGGAACCAGUCCAGUGAUGAGUUGGGAAGGUCCAGAACACAGCAAGGGGCUUAUACAGAUAGACUGACCAGCAAUGACCUGCUGUCUCUGGAUCCAUUUGGCCCUAAUCUCUCUGGUGCCCCUUCUUCUGUGUCCUCCUCUGCAGUUCCUCCCUCUAACAGACCUACAACCCCUUUGGGCACAGCGACAAUAGUUCCUCCUCCUCGACCCUCAUCGCGGCCUAAACUGCCUGCAGGCAAACUGAGUGGCAUCAAUGAGAUUGCACGGCCGUUCAGCCCUUCUAUGGCAACCAACUCUAGUCCUCUGCCUGCACCUUUAGCACGGGCCGAAAGCUCCUCCUCUUUAAGCUCUAACACCUCACUGAGCGCGAGUAACACACCCACCAUUGAGGAUGAUGUGUUUGUGGCGAAACUGCCAACAUUUGAGAAGAGGUGUGAAACCCCAGCAGGGACAUCUCGUGGCCCCAGCCCUGUCACAUUAGCAUCCCAGGAUUCACUCCCCAUUGCUGUUGCAUUUACAGAGUCAGUUAAUGCAUACUUCAAAGGAGCUGAUCCCAGCAAGUGCAUAGUGAAGAUCACGGGAGACAUGACCCUUUCCUUUCCGAGUGGUAUCAUUAAGAUCUUCACAUCCAGUCAUUCACCAGCUAUACUCACCUUCAAACUCAGAAACACUAGCAAGCUGGAGCAGAUACUACCAAACCAGCAUCUUCUACACAGUGAGACCUGCCAGAAUGAUACUAACACUAAAGAUUUCUGGAUGAAUAUGCCUGCACUGACUGCAUAUCUCAGGAAGGCUUCAGAACAGAACCCAACCUCUUCUUACUACAAUGUGGACAUUCUCAAGUACCAGGUGUGUUCUAAUGGUAUUCAGUCAACGCCACUAAACCUGGCAGUAUACUGGAAGUGUGCCCAGAGCACUACAGACCUGCGGGUGGACUACCAAUACAACCCCGAGGCCAUGCAACCACCCGGACCUCUAUGUGGCGUGCAGGUCCUCGUACCCGUCACUGGUGGUGUCUCCAACAUGCAUUCACUCCCAAGUGCCAUCUGGAAUUCAGACCAAAGUAAGUUGUUAUGGAAGCUGAAUGACAUCUCUGAGAAGUCUGAAAAUGAAGGUUCUGGCUCUCUAAGGGCAAAGUUUGAGCUCUCAGAUGGUCCCUCAAUUCCGGCCACUCUGGCUGUUCAGUUCUUAAAUGAGGGUAGUACGAUCUCUGGAGUAGAAAUGGAACUGGCCGGAUCCGGAUAUCGACUCUCUCUCAAUAAGAAGAGAUUAGUCUCUGGACGAUAUAUGGCAGACUGCUGAGAUGUCCGAGCAGAGGCACAUUCGAUCAAACUGUUGAAAAAUUAAAGGAAUCCUUUUCAUUUGCAUCUCCUGCAGAUGGCAGGUGAAUCAAAAGGAUUGUCACCCUGAUGGAUUCUCUUAUGCAUUUAUUCUCAUCAUUUUGAACUAUACUUCCGUCCAACCAAAUGUACCAUUUUGGGGAAGAAAGAACUGUUUUACUACAUUUUAUAUUACUGUAGCACUGAGAAUCAAACACUGUCAGAAAGAAAAGACUAAUAAAGAAAACCAAUAAGGACUGUCUGAAUACUGAAGAAUGAGAAAAUCAAAACUAAUCUGAUAUUUUUUGAUUUAUUUUGACUUUAUAGGGUUUGUUUCCAUGUAUAGAUAAAUUUUAAUAUGACAAUAUGAUUUAGAAAAUAUGCAGUGUAAAACAAAACAAAAAAGAAAAAAUAUAUCUGCACUAACAAUGUUCCAGGCCAUUUAUAUAGACAUUAACCUCUUAUUUGUUUAGUUUAGUCCUCAUCAUAACUUUAAAAAAAUGUCAGUGAGGGAAAAAAUGCCUCAGGCAAUGUGAACAUUUGUGUACUGUCCUAAAAUCUACUCUUUUAUAGGACAGGCCUGAGUUCACUGAAUAAAAUCCUUGUAGCAUUAUUUAUUGUUUUUUAGGAUUCUGCCAAGGCUUCACGGCUGUUGGUGGACAUUUAACAAACAAGCCCUUAGGUGGCUGAGAUUUCAGAUCUCUCUGACUAGUUAGUAUUCCUCACAGUAAAUGUGCAAUGAAGGUAUAAGCUAUUAAAUCAAUUAUGUGAUUUAUGUUGAGUUUUUAAGUUCAGUGUCAAGAAUUCUGGUCCGUUUUGGAGUAAUUGUCAAAAAAGAAAGAAAACCAAACCUUGGAAAACUGCCCUUAGUGCCUAUUUUUUAAUCAGACUUGUUGAUUUUUUUUCAUUACAAGCGUAUCUUUGUUGCUAAUUCUGUUUUAUACAUUUUUACUGGGACACUGAAGGGAAAAUACUUCUAAAUGACAGCUAUAUAUGAAUGCCUUUCUAAAACAAUUAUUGGUAAUUUAAAAAAAAAAUCAUAAUUAGUGGUAAUGUGAUGUGGUAUGUUCUGAAUAUGUAGCCCCUUAAAUAGGAUGUUGCCAGCUUUAAAGGAGACAUCCAAAACAUUAAAUUUUGAACAUUUUAUGAUUGUUUCAAUCUCCCCACACAUGCUGAUGUUUAGUUUUGAAUUCACCUUUGAAUUCAAAGGUAAUGAAAUCACCUUUCUGGCCCUUGUGUUUUAAUAUUUUAUCAUAUACAGCUGUCUUGCCCUCAAAAUACAGAAGUGAUCAUCUUUUUCUUUGGAUAUUUGCUGUAGUUGAGUAAUCCUACCUGCAUUAAUGAAUGACUAGGACUUUGGAUGACCCAAAUAUUCCAACAUACUCAAAACCACUGAGAAAUGAUAGCGGAAGAGAAUGAGAAUGAAUUCGCCCCAUAUUUUGGGAUUCAUUAAUUAUUUUUAUUCUGUAAUAAAAAUAAAUUUUAUUAUAGCAUGGCAUUAUAUAAUAAUAUUGCACCUAUUCAGCAAUAUCAGCAAUUUUGUUAUUUUUUAGCAAAACCUUGACUUGGACAACCUACUUGUUUCCUAGACACAGGGCAGGCUAGCUAAACUGUUAAAGUAACGAACCAUUCAAAACUGCUAAACAAAUCCAAAGUGCUUUAAGGGGCUAUACAGUGUUUGUUUUGCUUAUUAUCAUCUUUAAUACUGGCUCUGUGCCUUAUAUUCUCCGCUUAAGGGUCAAUUGUUUUAAGGGCUAUUUUAACCAGCGGGAAGAUGGAGAUAAAUAGACCCUAAAUAAUACAAAGGAAUGUUUGAUAUGUACUAAAAAUUUAAAUGUGUAAUGUGCAAAUGUGUAACAUUUUAGGGAAGUUUUAGUCUUUUUUAACAGCAAUAUCUUUUUCCACAAGAUAAUUUUUUAUGCUGUAACUAGCCAGACUUUUUUUGUACAAAAAAAAUCCUAAUCUUUACUGUUUUAUUGGAAAUGAUUACGAUGUAUGUAAUUGUAUUGAAAAAUAAUAAAAUGGCAUUGGGCAUUUGGUGUGGAGGCAGAUAUUAACCAGUGGACAUUAGGGUCAAAACUGAACUGUGUGACACUUUUUCUGUCCGGUAAAACUACGACAUAAAUAUCUGAUUGUGUGUUUUAGCAAGCUGGUUCUUGCUGCCUCUACAGUCAUCAGAUAAAUGUGUGAAGGCAUUUUGGAGCUUUGUCUCGUCACUUGAUCCUUUUUGUUCUCAAGUUCAUGGAUGUGUUAAAUGAUCUGUGUAAAUGUUUUUCUGAACAUUUUUACAAAUUUACCACUUUGUUCUCUCAUGAUUUCAUUGUCUGAAAUAAAUGUGUAAUAUAUAAAUCUAUACAAAUAUAAGAGCUAUAUACAA